AUGUCUAGUUAUUACUUGCCGCUGUCGUUAGAAACCAGCGCUAAUCGCCGGCUGGUGCUUGAAAACGGAAUCAAUGUCCUCCUCGUCUCCGAUCCCACUUUGGACUCGGUGGGGUGUGGCUUUUCCGUUGCCGUGGGCCACCAUUCAAACCCGCCAGAUAGCUACGGUCUAGCCCAUUUCUGCGAACACAUGGUCUGUGUGAGCUCGAAGGAGUUCAAGGAAACUGAUCUGUGCAAAAAACUCGUGUACAAGUCCGGGGGUAGAUGGAAUGCCGUGACUGUUGGUGAGAAAACUAGCUUCUUUUUUGAGGUUCCGGUCGUGAAGAUGCAGGGUUCCUCAGAGACGGUGUUUGAACAACUGUUGAAGGUGUUCCCCUCGUGCUUCAGAUCGCCUGCUUUCGACUACACGUACGCAAAACGAGAAAUGGUGGCAGUCGAUAAUGAACACACCAAGAAUCGCUGUGUGGUGGGGAAAAUCGCCCAUCACGGUUUGAAACUGCUGGCAAACCCUAACCAUCCGUUCCACCAGUUCAGUACAGGCAAUUUUGACACCUUGUCCAGCGGCCGCAAGUCAAACGUGAAGGACGAGCUGGUCCAGUUUUUCAACCAAAAUUACCACGCCUGGAAAUCUGCCCUCGUCCUAAAAGGCCCUCAAUCGUUGAACGUUCUCCAGAAACUGGCAGUGGCUAACUUCUCCGACUGUCUCUCAGUGAAACCAAAAGAAACCACUAAUGUGCUGAAAACCAGCUGGGACCACGUUUAUCAAUCAAAGGUGUUUACUGAUUUUGGUAAAAUGGCCGUCAUCGAGAGCCAAGGAACCUCACCAAUACUAAGAGUUUAUUUCCCUUUUGAAAUUGCAGAUAAGGACUCUCUGGUGUUUGCACAGGCCUGGUGCUACAUUAUGGGAAGUGAAAACCAGGUUUCUUUCAACGCUCAACUCUUUGAUGCAGGGCUCGUCAAGACGUCUGUUUCUUCAGCUCCAAUAAUCACUUUUAAAGACAGAGUUCUGCAGCUCGAGUUUAAUCUCACUCCAAUGGGUGCAAGAGAGUACGGGAAAAUAUUAGACUAUUUGAUCAAGUACACCGAAUUUGUGUUUUCUUCAGACCCGAAACGAGUCAAACGGAUGGCCAAGCUUCUUUCGCAAUUCAACUCCAUUGAGCUGUACAACUUCAUUCAUCAUGACCCUGACGUUUCCAUUUCUGCUCAGUGCCGAAUCCUGAGUCAGCGACUCUUGGAAGACCAGAAAAUUAACAACUCGUGGCUAUUCAAAUCGUCGCCAUGUUGGGGGUUUGACGAUCCUGGGUAUAGUGGCUCUUACGAGGAGUCUUCCGAGUCUCAAGCGUGGUGGAUAAACAAAGCCGGAAGCUUCUCCGGCCAGAUUUGUCGCACAGUGUCUCGUUCCAAUAUUUUGGCUACCCUGGUUGCAGAUUCAGAUGUGGUUGCAAAAUUUGGCCACUCUUUUUCAACCGACCAGUACUUCCAAUUUAAGUUCAAAAUUGUUCCUAUUGAGUAUGAGGAAUAUGUCUUUGCAUGUCAUUUGCAACGACCAAACCAGUUUGUGGUUGGGCAAAUAGACAACCAGACUGUGAUGUACAGAGCUUUGAUGUCAUCUAUGAGAAAGAGUCAGAAUUUUGUCUAUGCUACCAAACGCGAGGCGACUCCACCUGUUCAAUUGAACUCACCCGACAAUGUUCAAUUGUGGUACCAAAAGGAUACUGACAAAUACCAGGAAAAGGUUUUUCUUACUGUGGAGCUGACCAACCCAAUGAAGCCCUGCGUCGAGACUACUCUUUCAUUGGAGAUGUUUUGCGAUAUUGUCAAAGAACACCUGCGCGAAACCCUGUACCCGGCUCUCGAGCUAUACUAUGCAUUUGACAUUGUACACGCAAUGAAGGGUAAUUGCGGGAUUGUUGUUCACGUUUCUGGUUCAUCUGUUGGUGUCUACGAGAUAUUCAACAUUAUCAUGGAGACCAUCAAAACUCUGAGUAAGGAUCUCGGAUCCUAUCUGACUCCGGCCAUGUUCCGUAAAUCACGCAUCAGAAUCAAAAUGAAGUACGAGAACCUUCGUACUUUGAGAUCUCACGAACUCGCCUCUUUGGGAUUGGUGUCCGUUCUGGAAUCGUGCACAUGGGGACUCGAUGAUCGUUUGGAGGCUCUCGAAGAACUCGAUCUGGUGAGUGUUUCGCAAUUGAUGUCGAAGGUCUUCCGAUCAUGUCACUUGGUCAGUUUCUUGCAUGGAGACGCUGAGAUUUCCGAUUAUCAGAAAGUUAUUUCCUCGAUCCAGUCAACGGUUGAUGAGUUUUCACCGAAAUUAGACAACACGAAAACGCUAGAGCUACCGGUCAAUUGUAAUUACCGAAUCCAUGGACAUUCCCCGGAUGAGACAAAUGCACUGGUCUCUUUCACUCAGCUUGGAAGACGUGAGAAUGUUUACGAGAGGUCUAUGGCCCGUUUUGCUGCAUAUAUAUUGUCUACAUUGUUCGCAGCCAAGUUGAGGACGCAGUACCAGCUUGGUUAUGUUGUCUUUGUUGGACUGAGAACACUCAAGGAAACAGUCGGUAUCCAUUUCACCAUCAUGAGCGGCGACUUCACACCGCUCGAUCUGGAUGCUAAAAUUGAAGAAAUUCUGAAAGAGUGGUUUGUUGAGUUCCAAAGAGCAGGAGCACGGUUUGAGACAGAAAAGCAAAAUUUCCUACAAUCAUAUCUUCGGCCAUCUCAAGAAAGCUCCAGCUUGACAUUUGGUGCUAUUGGAACCAGUUUGGGGGAUGGUGCACUGAUCAAGGAACACCAAAACUUUUGGGACCAAAUCUACAACCAAUCUUUUAGAUUUUCCAGCUCUGGCCACGACGACAUUGAUCGCAGCGUAAUUGAUCGAUUGGAGUUUGCAGACUUUGCAAAGUACUUGGACAAAAAAAUGCUUUCUGAGGAUCGUUCUAAACUAUCUAUCAUGCUUGCUACCAAAUUGGACGCCAGAGAAGCAGAGAGGAAAUUAAGACCAAUGCGGUUGCAAAUGUUCCUGACGGCAGCUGGUCUGCCCGUGAAAGGAGACAAGAUCAAACAGAUCGUGGAUGAGGCCGGUGAUUCUCAAACACAGCUGGUGAGACUUCUAUUCAAGCAUUACCAGGGAGAAGGAAGUUCUAUUCGGCUUAUUUCGACGGCAAUUGCCAAAAUUGCAAAGGACUUGUUCGCCAGGUCGAAAAAAAUCGAAGUGUCCACUGUGGCUUCCACGGAGAUUAUCAAUUUGGAUAGCUGGAAGCAUCAGUUGCAAGAAGUUUGA